GUGAUUUGACAGCUAUUCUUUAAUUAACAAUAAUGGAAAUUGAAAAAUAAAAUUAAAGAAUGAUAAAGAGAGGAAGUGUCGAGUUAUUAGACAUGGAUAGUAACAGCUACGGGAAAAAUAUUACUCUGGAUACCUUUCGGUCAGACUCGAAAUCUAAUUUAAUAAAUUCAAAACAAGAAACAACUAGUUGGGGUAAAACUUCACCCAGUAAGAGUUAUUGCUCCUCCAGUUCAACAUCUACAGAAAAUGUAGUUUCAACUCUUGAAAGGAAAAAAGCAACUUCAUUUGAAAAUAGCAUCGCCAAUCGUCCCGACGAUCCUCCUUUACUGCCAGGUGAAAAAGUAACAGGUCAAGCACGAGACGUUACUUAUCUUUGCCCAUAUUACGGUCCUGCAAGAGGAGUCUUGACUGUAACUAACUAUAGGUUGUAUUUUAGAUCCGCAGACAAAGAUACUCCAAAUAUUAUUGAUGUGCCAUUGGGUGUGGUAUCACGGAUUGAGAAAGUUGGGGGCGCUUCCUCUCGAGGGGAAAACGCAUAUGGGAUUGAAGUGUUUUGUAAAGACAUGCGAAAUUUACGUUUUGCUCAUAAACAAGAGAACCAUUCAAGACGCGAUGUUUUCGAGAAAUUGCAACAAUUCGCAUUUCCGUUGUCUCACAAAAUUAAAUUGUUUGCGUUUGAAUACUCUGAAACCUUUCCAGAGAAUGGAUGGGCGAUUUAUGAACCAAUAGCGGAACUUAAAAGAAUGGGGGUUAAUAAUGAUAUGUGGAAAAUUUCGCGAAUAAAUGAACAGUAUGAUAUUUGUGAUAGUUAUCCUGCUGUGUGGGCAAUUCCUGCACAAGCCACUGAGGAAGAUAUCAAAGCCGUUGCGAGUUAUCGUAGCAGGGCGAGAAUACCUGUCCUUAGUUGGAUUCACCCAGAAUCUCAGGCUACUAUCACCAGGUGUUCCCAACCUCUAGUUGGGGUAAGUGGUAAAAGAUGUCGCGAGGAUGAGAGAUACAUCCAACUAAUAAUGGAUGCAAACGCUCAGUCACACAAGAUGUUCAUCAUGGAUGCUAGACCAAGCGCUAAUGCAAUCGCAAAUAAAGCAAAAGGGGGCGGGUAUGAGUCUGAAGACGCCUACCAGAACGCCGAGCUUGUAUUUUUGGACAUCCACAAUAUUCAUGUAAUGCGAGAGUCUUUACGAAAACUCAAAGAACUUUGCUAUCCCAACAUAGAAGAAACCAAGUGGUUGUCAGGAGUUGAGUCAACCUAUUGGUUAAAGCACAUCAAGUGUAUUUUAGCUGGAGCUGUUAGAAUUGUUGAUAAGGUUGAAAAUCACAAAACUUCGGUAUUGGUGCAUUGUUCUGACGGUUGGGACCGCACAGCACAACUGACGGCUUUACCAAUGUUAAUGUUGGACCCUUACUAUCGCACGAUUAAAGGUUUUGAAGUUUUAAUUGAAAAAGAAUGGCUUUCAUUCGGCCACAAAUUCCAACAGCGUAUUGGACACGGUGAUGACCAUCAUUCAGAUGCAGAUAGGUCACCUGUUUUUCUUCAAUUUAUAGACUGCGUGUGGCAAAUAACGCAACAAUUUCCCAACGCUUUCGAAUUUAAUGAUUACUUUUUAAUUACGAUUCUUGAUCAUUUGUAUUCGUGUCGUUUUGGGACAUUUUUAUGUAACAGUGAAAGGGAAAGAGUGCAAGAAAAACUUAAAGAACAAACUGUUUCUUUGUGGUCUUACACCAACAGUCAGCUCGAUUUGUACAAAAACCCAUUGUAUUGGGCCAAUAAUAAUCAACAGAGAGUAUUGAUUCCUAUUGCAAGUAUUAGACAUAUCAAGCUGUGGAAGGCUUAUUAUUGCAGGUGGAACCCUAGUAUGCGAACACAGGAUCCCGUUUAUCAACGAAUAAGGGAAUUAUUAAUAUUGAAGGAGCAACUUGAAAAUACUGUAGAACAGUGCCGUCGAGAGCAACAAUCACGAAUGGCAAGAAGCAAUGUGACGCCAGCAUAGUCUUUAUGUAAUCAAAUUUUCUGUAAAUACUAGAGAUAAAAAAAACAUAUUUCUUUUUUAUUCUAGUAAAAUAAUGUUAAGUUGGAAUUUUUGACUAAAAAAAGUAAAUUGUCUUUAUAUUAAACUAUAAUGUAAUAUCCUAAUAAUAUCUACCUAUAAUUAAUAAUAAACUUUAGUGUUUGUAAGCUGAA